AUGCAGGCAAAAGUUCGAUCUGCCACGUCAAACGAUCCAUGGGGCCCUAGCGGAACUGCAAUGAAUGAAAUUGCUCAAGCUACAUAUGACCCACAUUAUUUUAUAGAAAUAAUGGAAAUGGUCGAUAAAAGAUUGAACGACUCUGGUAAAAAUUGGAGGCAUGUUUUCAAAGCCCUUACUCUCUUAGAUUAUUGCCUUCAUGUAGGGUCUAAAGAGGUUGUUGCAUAUGCUAAAGAAAAUAUAUAUGUAGUAAAAACUCUACGAGAGUUUCAAUAUAUAGAUGAUGAUGGGAAAGAUCAAGGUGCUAAUGUACGACAAAAGGCUAAAGAUAUCACCAAUCUUCUCCAAGAUGAUGAGCGGCUUAAUUCUGAAAGACGUCAAAGGGCUAAUAUGAGAGAUCGAUUAACAGGCCAUAAUGAAUUGCCUGGGUCAACUAAUCGAAAUGUAGAUUAUGCAGGUGAUUUUUAUGAUCAUCCUGGAAAUUUAGACGAUGAAGAUGCUGAUAUAAAAAAAGCAAUGGAAGAAAGCUUAAAAUCAGCGAACGAAAGUGAAAAAAAUAGUAAAAGAGAAAAAGAGGAUCUAGAAAGGGCGCUCAAAUUAAGUAAAGAAGAGGAAGAAAAGAGGCAGGCAAUGGUCGAAAAGCAAAAUGAAAAAUCAUUAUUUGAUCCAGCAUACUCUUCCAACAUCAGUCAACUCCCACAACAACAAACAGACUUCUUUGGCAAUCCGAUGGCUUAUACAAAUUCUCAAUUUAAUCAACUUAAUCAAUUUAGUGGAAAUCAGAACAGUCAACCAUUAGAUCUCUUUGGCUCAAUUGACAACCAAGCUUUAAUUAGUAAUCAAUCACAAUAUUUAAAUAAUCCAUAUCAGUUGCAACAACAAUCAAUCAAUCCUUAUCAGCAAUCCCCAAUAUUACAAACAAAUGUUGCUGCACCUAAACCUAACUCUACUGAUGAAAAACAUCCACAAUUGGCGGCUCUCUUUGGAAAUAUUGGAGAUGGUGGUAUGGAUACCUUUGGAAAUGUGGGUAAUCUUCGUGUCCCAACUGGCUCGGGAUUUGCCGGCAGCAUUAUAAAUGAAUCUUCAAGCAGCAUACAUUCUCCGAGAAGGUCCAAUUCGACAGGCAAUAUUAGUCAACCAAAUCCAUUCCUUAACAGCGGAGACACCAACAACGUUGGUAGCGGAGCUUUUAACACUCUUCCGUCUAAUUUUAAUUCUCAAUCUGCGGCGUCUGUUAAAAAUGAUUUCCCUAAUACAUUCAGUACAAAUAUUAAUCAACCUGGAUCAUCGUUUUCCACUUCAUCCUUUACAACUAGCCUUCCCACUAGUAAUAGCCUUAUUGACCUUGAUACAGGCAGCUUUAACAGUCAAGCUAGCAAAAAUCCUUUUCAAACACAGCAGACAAUAAUUUCGAACGACUUUAACAAACCAAAAUCUCUCCUAGACCUUCAACGAGAGCAGCAGUUUCAGCAAUCGCAAUCUAAUCAAAGUACUAAUUUAUUCGGAAAUCAAUGGUGA